GAAGACAGCAAAAUAACAUGAAAUGCAAGUUCAGCGUUAAGUGAGGUCUAAGGUUUAUACUAAUCUUCUGAACGGAAAUAUUAAAGAUUCUUUGAUACCAGUAGGGCUCUGUGAGAGGACUGUCUGCUUUCUGGCUUGUGUUUACAAAUUUACUGUUUGUAUUUCAUAAAAAAGCUGUAUGUGUUAAGUUUGCUGUCCUAGGAAAGCCUGCACAAGUUGUAUCAUAACUUUUUGACAAAAAAACUUUUAAACACUCCAACAAUGUAUUAGAAUCUGGCUGUUAGAUUGGCUAGAAUGCAAGAUAUUGUAUUUAUAACUUUUAUCUAUAUGGCGUUUCCUAGACAUGUAUAAUCCACUUACAAAAGAUUUAAAUUUCCAGUUGUUUACACAGUUUUAAAUAAUUAGUUAUGGCCUUAUUUGCAUUUAUGUGCCACUUGUUUGGAUGGCCCUGGAAGCUAGCUGUAUACUUAAUGAACUGUCUUUUCAAAGUUGUGUCGUUUCUUAAGGAAUUAUUUUGUAUACCAGCUACUUCAGUCAAGCAAAACAACAAAUCAGUGUAUCGACAUCAGAUUCCUUCUUCCUCUAGGAUAUAUUCUUCUGGACAGAGGAAUGCACAGCUGUUUGUUAUUGAGACAAGUGAAGAAUGUUUUCAGGUAGAUCUGGAAAUUUUGGCAGCAGAAAGCGAGUACUUUCGAGCUCUUUCCCAAUCCCAGAUGAAGGAGAUAUCUGAUAACUUCAUUUCACUGCAGCAUAUUCCAUCUGAAGCUUUUGAUUCAGUGCUAGGGUUCAUAUGUGGAGAGAGCAUUAAAGUAAAUGAAGAAAAUCUCAUAGAGCACAUAGAGGUCAGCAGCUACUUACUUGUGCCCUCUUAUCUACAGGAGUGCUUGAAGUUUCUAGGGAACAUUCUAGACCCUAAGAACUGCUUGCAUUACCUAAAUGUGGCCCAGUCCCUAUGCUGUGCAGAAAUGGUCUCUGUUGUGCAGUACUAUCUUGCUGCCAAUUUUAUGGAGCUAAAUAAAAUUACAUGGAACCUGGAAGAAGAUGAAAGAGAGAAGGUGCUGAACAUACGAUGCCCCGACCCUGGACAGAUAUGCAUUAUAAAGAAGGAGAACCUCUCCUCUGGAGCUCUAGUAGAACUGAAUUCUAUUCGCUUUCUUUUCCAGCUUUCCAGAGGUGAGGCUAGCACCUGGCAUCCAACAACUCAACUACCUUUUGUGGCAGAGAAGUGGAACUUUAGCACUGCAGUACUUUACAACUACCUGUUUCUUAUUGGUGGAUAUAAGCAGAAGGUAAAAAGGGGUUUUGAAUUUCGAAUGGCAUCAUUUCGCUAUAAUCCUUUUACUGAUCAUUGGGAAUCAGUGUCCUCUCUAAUAAAGCGUCGGCGCCAUUUUAGUGCGGCAGUAUCCCAGGGGUACAUCUUUGCAAUUGGAGGUUGGUACUUGGACUGCCUACUUGCUCCAGAUGUCAGUACAUCACUUUAUACUGCUGUUGAACGUUAUGACCCCUGGGAGGACAGGUGGACAUUUGUUUCUUCAUUGCCUUUCAGUGACUUCUCCUACAGUGUUUCCAUGUCACAUGACAUCCCUCUGACAGCCUCGUUGGGUGGCAUUAUUUAUGUGAUUGGUACUGUACAGAGAACAGCAGAGAAGCUGAUCCUCCAGUACAAUGUCAACACAGAUACCUGGACAGAACUCCUUCCCACGCUCACCCGUGUCGAUGCUAGCAUGCCAAACCUCUACUUCUUUGGAGCCACAGCAGGCUGCCUGUACCUGUUUGGAGGCAAUAACCAAGAGAAUAUGGUUGCAUCAUUUAGUCUGAAGGAAAAGAGGUGGCAGGACAUCCAUACUGUCCCCAAAUUGUGGCUCGCUGGCCAAGGCACCAUCUCAGGCAAACAUAUGUAUAUGGUAGCACCAGAACUCAAUUCAGUUGUAAAAAUGGACCUAAAGAGUUUGUCUGUUCAGUCAUUUUUACCAUUACCAUUUCAGGGAUCUUAUGAGGUUCUCUUUGAACUUUACUUUCCUAAAAGAGUGAGGGAGUGAGCAACCUGGCACAUGCCUGGAAUGGCCUCUUAAGAGAUGAGAAAAAGAGUAAAAACUGCUAGUAUAAAAAUCAGAUACUAACCAAUGAGAAUAAACAAGCUGCCAAUUUAUCAGCUGUCACCUGUGUGUUCUUAACAGUAUCUUGUGGCCUAUUUUAUUCAUUGUUUUUCAUGCUCUGCUUUUCAGAGCAUUACGCAGUAUUAGCAUAAGUGUUGCUGCAAUUUAAUGAAGGUAACAGUUAGCAUCAUUUGUUAUUCACCUAUUUAGCAUAAACAAAAUGUGCAGACUCUGAAGUGGCAACACAUUACAGUAUAGUUUAGACAGGCAGAUUGCAGAGGCAAAUUAACUAGAAUCUUAACACAUGCCCUAAACCAAGUAACAAUUAUACACAAUUAUAAAUAACUGUAUAUGUUAAAAUAUAUGUACAAUUGGCCUAAAAAGUGAGCCAUUGUUAUGGGUGAAACAGACAACUUGAAUGAGUCACUUGAUAUGUUAACAGUUAGAAGACAAGAAUACUGCUUCACAUGUCUGGGAAACUUAGUCGACGAAAUGGCCUGAAGAUUCUUCCAGUGGCUGGCUAAAAAAAUGUCUACCUAUCAGCUUCUGCAAAUUAAGCAAACCAUAUUUUUGUCUUCCUCUCUAAUUUAAGAAGUGACUGACAAGAGAGAUAAAUGAAUGAGGUGAAACUUGAAUUUCAAAGCUAGUGAUGGCCAGGUUUCCUACGUCAGGUAUUCACUGCAGCCGUGCCACAUUUUAUGUCUCAAGUUACCAGAAAUGUAUUGACAUCUCACACAAAUACCUAAAUCUUUUCCUUGUGUGUUAUACUGUUUUAUGAAGUUCACUAUCCCCUCAAAUUAAAAUUCAAGCCAUCUCUUAAGAAAGGAAGGAGUGCAUUAAAGCUGA